GGCGGGCUGCCGGCGGCGUCAUGGCGGAGGCGGCCCUGGACGCCGUGCGGAGCGAGUUACGAGAAUUCUCGGCCGCGGCCCGUGAGCUCAGUGUGCCCACUGCUGUGCCCUACCUGGAUGAACCCCCAACCCCACUCUGCUUCUACCGUGACUGGGUCUGCCCCAAUAGACCCUGCAUCAUCCGCAACGCUCUGUGUCACUGGCCAGCCCUGCACAAAUGGUCCCUCCCCUACCUGAGGGCCACAGUGGGUUCCACAGAGGUGAGCGUGGCUGUGACCCCAGAUGGUUAUGCGGACGCUGUCCGAGGGGACCGCUUUGUGAUGCCAGCCGAGCGUCGCCUGCCCCUCAGCCAGGUGCUGGAUGUGCUGGAAGGCCGGGCCUGGCACCCAGGAGUCCUCUAUGUGCAGAAGCAGUGUUCUAACCUACCCACCGAGCUGCCCCAGCUGCUGCCCGACCUGGAGCCCCACGUGCCCUGGGCCUCCGAGGCCUUGGGAAAGAUGCCUGAUGCUGUGAAUUUCUGGCUGGGGGAGGCGGCUGCAGUGACCUCUUUGCACAAAGACCACUAUGAAAACCUCUACUGCGUGCUGUCUGGGGAGAAGCACUUCUUGCUGCAUCCGCCCAGCGAUCGGCCCUUCAUCCCCUAUGAGCUGUACACGCCGGCUACUUACCAGCUAACUGAAGAGGGCACCUUCAACGUGGUGGAUGAAGUGGCCAUGGAGAAGGUGCCCUGGAUCCCACUGGACCCCUUGACCCCAGACCUGGCCCGGUUCCCCAGUUACAGCCAGGCACAGGCUCUUCGCUGCACGGUGCGGGCUGGCGAGAUGCUUUACCUGCCGGCUCUGUGGUUCCACCAUGUCCAGCAGUCCCACGGCUGUAUUGCUGUGAAUUUCUGGUAUGACAUGGAAUAUGACAUCAGGUACAGCUACUUCCAGCUGCUCGAUGGCCUCACCAGGGCAUCAGGCCUCAACUGAGGGCACGUGGUCCUACACUGCACCAGAACAACUAGAGGGACUGGAGGGAUGAUGUGGGGGUGAGGGGUGGGUAGGCCAAGCCCCUCUUGGGCAGGGUCAGCAUCAGUGUCAAGACCUGGAGGUCGGGGCUGUGCCGGCUGUAGGCCCAGGGUCUACUGUGCUGAACUUGGGCUUGGAGGACUUGGGGUAGGGUCAGGAGGCUGGACGAGGAUCUCCAGGAAGUCGGCACACAGCUAAGGAGGCGCCAUGAUGAUCCGGAUGAGUCAGGACCUAUCGACUUCCCAGGCCCCGCCAGGGUGUAUAUGCAGCUAAUGACGGUUGUGCCCCCAGGGCUGUUGCACUGAGGUGGCAUCUGGGAGCCCUGCGUGGCGGCUCCAAGGAAGUAUUCAAUAAAAGCUGCCCUGAUUCACACAUUCCGAUGCUCCGGUGGAGUGACCCUACUCAGGAAUGGGGCCAGAGUUGGGGGAAUAGAUUCAGUCCUGGGGCCCACUGCCCAAACCCUCCUCAGGGCAGGCUGGCCCAGGCCUCAGUCUUACAGUUUUGCCGGCCAUACCCACUGGCUCAGGACCAUGGAGGCCGCUCCUGGCUCCAACUUUCCUUGGGCAGCUGGUUGGCUCUGACCUGAGUGACCACUCUACCCCCAGUUUCUCCCACAAGCAUGUUCCCUAUGCACAGAGGCUGGUCGCUCAAUCAGGGACAUAGUCAGAUUCCUGCCUUGGCCCACCCAGCCCCUGGAGGCGAACAACCCCCACCCUCACCUUCGUGUGCUGACUUGUAAGCCUCAUCACAGGCCACCCAGCACCAUGAGUGGCAGCUGCACAGAUAUUGCUUGAAAGGGCUGUUUUAUGGGCAGGGGCAUAUCCUUGCUAGGUGGUGAUGGCACUGGAGUGGUGCCCUUGGAUUGGCCAAGCCUUUCGGCAUAGACCGGGCAUUCCUGUCCUACUGGCACUGGGGGAGUUGCGAAAGGCCCAGCUCCAGGCUCUUUGGUCCAUGGCUGCUCUGUGGCCUCCUAUCCCUGGAUCCCGUGCUCUGAAUCAGGGCUGGGCGGGGCAGGCCUGUGCCCCUGACUGGACCAAGCAGGUCUUGCAGGGAGCCACUAGGAUGUCAGUGGGUUGAGUGUAGGUUUCAAGUGCCUCACUUCCCUAACAGGUGGCUGGUUCAGGGGCAGGUGCAAGAUUUGGGUGUGG